GAGGCUUCGUGUUGUCACAAAGCGUAAAAAUUAUGCAUCACAGAUCAUAUUUAUGUCACAAAGCUUCAUUUAAAUUGAAUUUGGAUAUAACAUGUUUGUUACGAGGCAAAAGAUAGCGAAAGGAUUACAAGACUUGAUUUGAGUGAUUUUCGGCCUGGAUUAUGUACGAUCCUCGUUUUACUGGCUUUACUUGGAGAAAUUCUUCGCCAUAUAUACCGCGUUAUGGUGGAGCACAAUAUUUUAACAAAAAUGAACCUUUCAUUUAUGGAUCAAAUCUUACAGCUUAUUGCCAACCGAAUUCAUUCGCGUUUAACGAUAAUCAUCUGCUUAACCAUCAAAUAAGACCUAGUCAUUCACCAUUUUUACUUGAAAAAAUGCCGGCGUCUUAUCGUUAUGGUUAUAACAUUAUUCCACGCUCAACAUCUGCGAUGAGAAAUACAGUCACUACGAACUACCAGUCGAAAAAAUUAUCACGUGCAAGUUCAACUGGCGCGGUGUGGAAAGAACGUCCGGCUUAUAGAUUGCGGUUACCCCAGCAUUUCAGGCCGACAGUGUCGCAAGAAAUAAACAAAUUUGCUACACCAUUGCCUCAAAAAUCAACGCAAAACGAAUCAUUUCCACAACUUGUAAAAUUUGGAACAAUUUCUCAAGGCAAGAUUGAGCCACAGAUAUCGUAUUCAACGCAGAAGAUAUCCUCUCUUCGACAUACAACACCGUCAAGGAAAACAUCAAGGACAUCCGUUUUCGUGUCUGAGGGAAAAACUUUUAAAAUAAGUUCUAACGACAAACUGCAAGCACAAACAGAUUGCAAAUUUUUGGUACACGGCAACGAAUGUUGUGAAAAGCCUCUUGAAAAGACAGAAGCGUCAAAAACAAUUUCAAAACAUCUCAAAACAAGUGAAUCACAUCAUUUGAGCGAUGGAAUAAUUAAAUGUGAGGUAAACUCCAGCUUAAAUACAAGAAAUCCUGAAAUGCCCGAAUGUUGUACUCUUCAAACUGGACUUAACGAAUCAAAUACAUCAAAACUGUCCUCCAAAGAGAUUAUUGCUGCAAAUACAACAUCGCAUGGAGAUAAUGUUGCAGUACAUUGCUCAGGAUCAAAAACAACAUUGGAGAAGUGUCUUCGAUAUAAAGAAACCGGUUUGCAGGUCAAUAUUUCACAAUUUCCUGCAAAAAUGUUCGCCCAUCGCGGCAAAGAGGAAAAGCAGCUGAGCUCUUUACAGUAUCCAAAACGGAGUUCGCCUUUCUUGAGGAAACCCGGAUCCCUUCAAGAAUAUUCGCCUGACUUGAAGGUGAGUGGUCUUAAACCUGAUGAAAAUGGGCUUUUUUACAGUGCAAAUCCUCAAGAUUUAUCGAGAGAGAAUACAGACACUUCAAUGAUUGAAAGCGAGAAAGAAAAAUUAACUUGCAAAAUGAAUAAUUGGGAUUGGGGAAAAAACGAAUUGGAAAAAUUGAAACGUGUGAAUGGAAAUAAGUCAGUGAAUGAAAAUAUGAGAGUUACAAAAGAAUUGAUUCAAAAUGAUGUAAAUCGAGAGACCAACGAUAAAAAUAUUUCAAAUAAGUACGACUUUUCAAGUGGAAGUUGUGCGGAACGUUCAAAUGACUUAAAACACAUUCAUCACUAUGGAGCAUUGACGUGUCAAGAAUUAUCUUUGGAAAUUGAUGACUUCGAUUUUGAAAAUGAAGUUAAUGAUGAUUACGAUAAAUUUGUUACGGAUCUUGAAAAGUCUGGGGAACAUAUUGAUGCAGAUAAACUGUUGGUUAGUUUAGGCAACAGAAAGGUGAGGAUAAAUAGUUUAUUGGAAGAACAAAAACGACUAAUGGAAAGUCUAGAAUUUAAAAUUCGUUAGUUGUAAUAACUACAGAGGAAUAAAUAAAUGAACAGGUCAAAUAUUACUUUUUUUUGAAAAACGACGCCGAUUCAUGAUUAUAAACUGUUAAUUUAAGUUUUUAGCUCGUUAAUUUUUUUUAACGAUGGCAAAUGUAAGAAAGAAAGAAAUUGUGUUUUUACUGAUUUUGUUGCUUUUGUGGACGAGCAUAAAUAUUGUAAUUCAGUGGUUAAUGUGGUAAUUAUAUUGUUCUGGAUCAUUUCGAAA